AUGUUCGCCCGCAGCCUCCGUCCCGCCGCGCGCAGCCUCCGCGUUGCCACUGCCGCGCCCCGCGCCGCCCCCUCUGUCGCCCGCUCGAUCCGCUUCAAAUCUUCCGAGGCCGGCCCGAACCAGGGCGCGACCGCGCCCACGGGCGGCAGCUCGGACGGCGCCCAGCUCCUCAUGGUGCUCGGUGCCGGAGCCGCGCUCGCUGUCGCUCUCAGCAUCACCGAGAAGCAGAGGAAGGACCGCACCGCCCCCAACCCCGACAGCAAGAAGGGCGAGGAGGAGAUCGAGGAGGAGGACGAGGUGCAGGAUGCCGACGAGGGACAGCCGGAGGAGGGUCCUAACGCCUCCGAGGUCAACGCGGCCAAGGACUUCGUGCACGAGGUGGACAUCCACCUUGACGCCUUGAUCGACAACGCCGAGCGCGCGCUCAAGGGCGACUACACGCCGAACCCGAACAGCAAGAUGGCGCCCGUGUCGCCCGAUGCCGAGGCGCAGGGCGCGUACAACGAGGAGACGGGCGAGAUCAACUGGGACUGCCCCUGUCUCGGCGGCAUGGCGACGGGCCCGUGUGGCGAGGAGUUCAAGGCCGCCUUCUCGUGCUUCGUCCACUCGACCCAGGAGCCCAAGGGCAUGGACUGCAUCGAGCAGUUCAAGGGCAUGCAGGAGUGCUUCCGCAAGCACCCCGAUGUCUAUGGCGAGGAGAUCGCCGACAUGGAUAACGAGGGACCGGCCUAA